ACAGAGAAAAACAGGCAAUUUGUGUGCUGUUGUGUCGAAGAUUUUAUUUUGUCAGCAAAAAAUCUAGACUACUCAACGAAAGUGAAAAUUCAAAUGUUGUUUACAUUGAACUUCAAUGCUAAACUAAGUCAUUUUUCUGUGAUGUAAACCUGCCAAUUUCGUAAUAAAAUCAUGAAUCGCAAUGUAGUUUUCACAUUUUUUCUGUUUUGUUUUGUAACAAUAUGUCGAGGCUCAGGUACGGACAUCGCACUAGAUGCUAAAGCCACUCUUUUACACCGUAUAGAUAGUUUGAAUCUACUUAUUUACACUUGCCUCCUAACUCUUACUGUGCUAACGAUCUGGGUGUUCAAACAUCGUCGAGUCAGCUGGCUUCACGAAACUGGACUGGCAGUAAUUUAUGGUCUCAUAGUAGGAGCAAUCAUUCGUUAUGCAGGCAGUACAAAUCAUAUUACCCACAUCAAUGUUAAUCCAGAACCCGGCACAACUUACAACCUGUCUGUACCACCGGAUAUGUUGCGUUUUCACUUCCCUGCUAGCUUACCGAUCACACCAGGAGAUUCUCCAAUAGCAAACAAAACAUACGCAUAUAGCUUCAGGGGUGAAAUAGUAAAUGUAGAACAAAAUGAAAUUGAUCUCAAAGCUACGUUUGAUCCUGAGAUAUUCUUUAAUAUAAUUUUACCGCCAAUCAUAUUCCAUGCGGGCUAUUGCCUAAAACGGAAAUAUUUCUUCCGAAACUUGGGGGCGAUAUUGACAUUCGCUAUGGUCGGAACAGCUCUCUCGGCUUUAGUCAUAGGAGCAUUGAUGUACGGCUGCGUGCAACUAAUGCCGGCAUCAUUGGCAUCCAGCUUCACGUUCCUUGACACCCUGUAUUUCGGGGCAUUGAUCUCACCAACGGACCCUUUAACGGUGCUGGCUAUAUUCUCACAGUUGAAGGUGGACGUCAAUUUGUAUGCGAUGAUAUUUGGUGAAAGCGUUCUGAAUGACGCCGUCGCUCUUGUACUUAGCGGAGCGAUACAAAACUACGAAACGAGAUACUCGCAUGACGGCGGCUUCGAAAUAUCCGGUUUCCUAGGAGCCAUUGGGGAUUUCAUAGGAAUAUUCAGCCUUUCUCUGCUAGUUGGUGCUCUGAUGGGAUGUUUGACAGCAUUGAUGACCAAGUUCACGCACGUCCGUGACUGGCCCCUGCUCGAGUCUGCGUUGUUCGUGCUGAUGUCGUACGCGGCUUUCCUCAUCGCUGAAGUCUGCGAGUUGACAGGUGUGGUAGCGGUCCUGUUCUGCGGCAUAUGCCAAGCUCAUUACACUUACAACAAUUUGUCGUCCGAUUCACGCAAUCGAACCAAACAGCUGUUCGAAUUGCUCAACUUCCUGGCGGAGAACUUCAUAUUCACGUACAUCGGGGUGUCGAUGUUCACUUUUCCGAAGCACCAUUUCGAUCCGUGGUUCAUCAUCGCCGGAUUUAUAACUUCAAUGCUCGGCCGGGCGGUUAACAUAUACCCAUUGUCAUUCCUGUUGAACUUAGGACGGAAGCCGCCCAUACCGGUGAACUUCCAACACAUGCUCUUCUUCUCCGGACUGCGCGGGGCUAUGUCGUUUGCUCUCGCUAUACGUAACACGGUGUCGGAGGCGCGACAGGCGAUGCUGACGACCACCUCGCUGAUCGUCAUCGCGACGGUCGUGCUCCAAGGUGGUGCUGCCACACAUGCCCUGGACUACCUUCGUAUUCCCACCGGAGAAGGUUCGAAUGAAGAGAGUGAGGCGUUACCUUAUAGAGAUGUAAGAAGUCUCUACCACGCAACGGACACCGGCGAAUCGAGAAGCCGCAUGAUAGUUAGAUGGUCUAAUGGAGCGAAGGAAGUGAUAAUGCCUUGGCAACUAAACGGUUACGAUGAUACACCAAGGGGCGGAGGGGAUGCUGGUGGGGGGCAGAAAGCUCGUCUCGCCCGAGUGUGGGGCGCCCUCGACUCUAGACUCCUCAAGCCUCUACUGACUCACGCUCGUCCCCCACUCACGGAGACGCUGCCUGCAUUCAUGAGACCGGUAGCCAGACUACUCACAACCACCCAUCAGUACACGCAGGGAGACAAUACGCUUCGCAGAACGGACUCUGAUUCGGAUCUGUGUAUCGAUGAUCCUCAGAUACCUUCAAGCAUCGAUCCACAGCUAUCAAUUAAUAUAAGGAAUGGAUAUGGGCAUGUUUGAGCUUUGUAGUGUUAGUGACCUUCGGCUGUGAUAUAAACUUUCUCUACAUAGUGUACAGAAAAGGACAAAUAAUAGGCAAUUUUCUUUUAAUCAUUGCACGCAGCAAUUAUGGCCUGGGCUCGUCGACACAAGGAUUUCGGUUGAAGGUAUCACCGGAAGUAACAUUUAAAUAGAUUAUUGUUUGCGUCAUUCAUAAAAAGAAUAAAACCCUAUUUAAUUUUGCUCUGUUAGAAAAAAAAAAAUUACUGUCAUACGCACUGUGAACGGUAAUAAGUGGCAGUUUCAUCGAUCUGGAAUAUUUGCAAAAGACAGUUUAUGUUUUUGUUUAAAGUUAAGUAUGACAUAGUACUGGGUACAAAGAUAUGAAAUUAUCAGAAGAAUAAGCCAUUCUUGAAAAUAUAUUUUUGUAGUAUUAGUAAUGAUUCACAUUAUGUGAUAAAUGACAUGUUUUUACGCAAAAAUGGUGCGCAUAUUAUUAUGUUGUUUUAGAAGUUAUAUAUAAAGAACUUCUUUCGUAGCUUAUCAUCGUUAUCAUAUUAUUCAUCGUCUAAAACGUAUGCAUGUAUAGUUGUUACUAAGAUCAUCUGGUGAAAAACCUUUUGGAUUGAUUUUUAGAAUACGUUUUGUCAAAUUCAGGAGUCAAAUUUACAAUAUGUUUCAAUUUGAUUAUGCCUAGUUGUACUUAAUGAUUAUUAAUUUAAAACCAUAGUUGCAUAUAAUAUAAUAAAGCACUUUGUUUUCCAAUUUAUCUUUUUACGAGUUUCGUCUUUCCGCAAGUACACAAUUAUUAAUUAAGGCUUAAACACUGAGUGUGACAAAAUGUCAUCUUUAAAACUGUCCUCUAAUUAUCUAGUCUGUAAAUGUAAUUCCUAUCCGAUGGGAAAAUUAAUUUAAUUUGGGAUUAUCCUUACGGUUUUUCUUUAAUCCAUUAAAUGGGAACAUAAAAUGAUUGAAAUAUUUUUAACUUUGGUGUGAAAUAGUUUUGAUUUAAAAUUUUAAAGGAAAAUAUGAUGGUUUUGAAAACCAAAUUUUUCAAAUAAGACUAAUUUUAAUGCAGUUUUUCAAUAAUGUUAAUGCACUUUUAUGCAAUUUACCUAUUGCCGUAAUCAAAUCGAAAUGUAAUAAAAACCGGUGUAAUAAAGCAAAUGCUUAGAGCUUGUGGCUUUCUAAACUGCAUAUUAGUAAAUAUUAUAUCUGUCAUUUUCGUGAAAAAAAUAGGGGUCCAUUCAUAUGUAAAAGUUCUGAAAGGGAAGGUGUAAAAUAAUCUCUACAUCAAGCUAUUCUUACAUAAUUUGUACAGUGUGAGCAAACCACUAGAUAAAACAACUAUGAAUUCGUGUCAUUUCUAAUAAUUUUUUAUAUUACUAGCUUUCACACGCGGCUUGUGUCGCGUUCAUAUAGAAUUAAAUAUAUCCCUUCGGGAAUAGUACUUUUAUUUGAUGAAACAUUUUUUUGUACACCUGAAAACAUGCAUGAAAAAUCACGUGACGAAAGUGUAAAUAAACACAGAAAUUCACUUUCGCAAUUAUAAUAUUUAUAAUACUAGUAUGAUUAUUGUACUCCUGUAUUCUAGUCCUUCUCUCCUUUUUUUCCCUUUUCUCUCUUGUAGUGUAUUCCUUUUCUAAUGAUUUUGAACUGUUUAGGAAAACUACAUGAAACCUUGUGUAAGAAGUGUUUCUCAGGUUCAUAGGUCAAAAAUAACUAUUUCUUAACAUGAUCCUUAAAUCAUCAAAGUCAACAAUUAAAGAAUGGCCCCUAAAAAUUAUUUAUACUAUGUUUUCUAUCAAACUUUUUAAAAUAAAACAAUAUACUAUCAGUGUCAAUGUCCAUCUUUUGUUGGAUUACAUAAGUAAGAUUUUAACAUUUAUAAGGCACUUACAAGAAUAUUUGUUUGGUCCUGUUACAGUACAUAGAAGCAUGGAAGUAUACCUAUUUGCAAUGUUAAGAAAUCUAUACUUUGAAAUAGAUCUGCUUAGUUUGUUCCUGUACUUUUAUAAUUAAAUAUUUCAUAUAUUUCAAAUACUAAUUCCAAUAUGUAUGUGUAAUAAAUUUUUUCUUCAAUA